GCCACAACCUCCUCUUGACUUUCUACCACCACCUUCUUUUCUCCUCUUUUCGGUCUUAGACGUCUCAAAACCUCGUUAUUGACCUGCGGGUCUUAGCCACACUCUACUCGCUGUCUGUCAUAGUCUGACUGGUCGCCGGCCUUCAUCCAACAAGGCUUGGGAAUUAGAUGUCAUCACUGUCCAAGGAGGACCAAGAAACACUUCGUCUGCUAGUACAACAUGUCGCACGAGCAUUCUACGAGCCGAGAUUCACUAUUGUAUUGGAUCAGCUAGUCCGACAUCCAGUAGUGCUGGUGUUUCUUUUUGUUGACUUGUCUGAUCUCUCUAUUCUUGUCAAUUGUUUCAUUGUCUCUGAACCAUUAUGAAGUCUCAAGGACGAUGACCUUGCCGGCCGGAUGGGACUACAGCUCAAGGAGCUGAACAAAGUUAUGGCGGUGCUGGAGAAUGAUAAACUAGUUCGCAUUCAUCGCCAGAACGAGCUCAAGGAAGGUGCACAACGAUCCGUCGGCAGACAGUAUUUCUACAUCGACUAUCAGCACUUCUGCAAUGUAGUCAAAUGGCGUGUGGCCGAAAUGCGUCGACGGAUUGAUACCACUUUGCGUAAUGAGCUCGACAAUAAGGGCUACAUAUGUCCGCAGUGUGGCAAAUCGUACUCGCCGCUCGAGGCAGACAAGGUCAUGGACUUUGCCAUGGGAGCCUUCAUUUGCGAUGUUUGCAAAGCGGAGUUGGUGGAUAACGAGAAUGCGGAGAGCGUUCGUGGAAGCCAGGAUAGGAUGCAGCGAUUCAACCGACAGAUGAGGUUCAUCCGAGAAGGUCUACGGAGAACCGAGACAAUGGUGUUACCUGCGUUCGACGUUGCGCAAUGGAUUAAGAUGAACAUCAUCGAUGCGGAACGAGCAAGAGCAGCAGCCCAAGGCGGCGCUGGCGCUGGACUCAAGAUUGCAGGCGCAUCAGGCGAGGCCAAGCAAGAAGAAGCAUUUGGCAUCGUCCUCUCUGUCGACAAAGACGUAGCUCAACAACGACUGGAACGUGACAGAGAAGCGGCUGCCAAACGAGCUCAGAAUAUUCUGCCCGCUUGGCAUCUCAAAAGUACGAUCUCUGGAGAGCUUACGGCUCUUGGUAUCAAGGAGACUGCAAGAAUCGAAGAAACAGCGAGCAGUAGCGUUACUGCUGCUGCAACUUUACCGAAUUCAAAUGACACGAUUCUGAGGGGUUUGGGAAGGGCGGCUGCCAGUGCUCAGUUACUGUCUAUAAGUGCUGCGGCACAGCGGACCGAGGACGUGAAACCGGAUGUAACGCAAAUCCGGGAGGCGGAUUACUACGACCAGUACUAUGCCUCCCUCGAAGCUUCGGCUGCACCCUCUGCCCAAGUCACACCACUGACUGGGGACUUAGGAAGUGACUUUGGUGAGGAAGAGGAAGACAUAAAACCGAAUAUCGAGUACCUCGACUCGCUCAACGAAUAUCGAAAACGAUCUCGGUCUGCGGAAGACAUUGGGGCUGGUGGCCCUGUUAAAACUCCUAGGAUGAAUGGGGAACAUGCGCCUAGCCCGCUUUCCUAUGCGAACGGUCCACUUCAUAUAGAAGCUUCUGUUGAGUUCGAAGCUGAUGUGACUACGAUGGAGGCUAAAGGUGAACCAUUGGAAGAUCCUAUGGUCUAUGUAAACGGUCAGCCUAUGCCCUUCUCUCAGGUGACGGAGGAACACCAAGAGUUGAUGUCACCAGAGGAGUAUACGGCGUACUAUGAAGUUAUGACAGCGAGGUCAUGACAUUUGGCGGCGGUAUAGCGCGUAUGUAGGGCUGGACAUUGUUGUGUAUCAUAGAAGUAUUGUAUCAAUUUUGGCUAUUCAAUAUAUACACUGUUAAUCCCCAAGCCU